CUCACUCACAUGAAGGAGCUGUGGGAUUAUUGUUGACAUUCUGAUUUGCUGACCUGCCCAGCUAACGGAAUGCAAGCGUAGCGUAGCUGACGAAUUGUUUGGAUUGUGUACAUUGCAAGUGAAUGUAAUGACUUUAACAGUACUUUACUUUGUCACCAAGAUAUCACCACUAUCUAAUGUAAAGCAAAGGUUUAGCUGUGAGCGGGAAUGAAAAAUGCUGCUCUCCUUGGGGAUGCUGAUGUUGUCCGCCACCCAGAUCUACACCAUCUUUACCGUGCAGCUCUUCGCCUUCCUCAACCUGCUCCCGGUGGAGGCGGACAUCUCAGCGUACUCUUUCGACAACAAGACAGAAAACUUCGAUGACCUCCCGGCACGCUUUGGCUACCGGCUGCCCAGUGAAGGACUGAAGGGCUUCCUGAUUGGGGCGCGGCCAGAGAAUGCGUGCGAGCCCAUCGACCCGCCGCCGGCGCGGGACAACCUGACCGGGGCCUUCAUCGUCCUCAUCAAGCGCUUCGACUGCAACUUCGACAUCAAGGUUCUUAACGCCCAGAAAGCCGGGUACAAGGCCGCCAUUGUUCACAAUGUGGACUCUGAUGACUUAAUCAGCAUGGGAUCCAAUGAUUUGGAUGUUUUGAAGCAGAUUGACAUUCCGUCUGUAUUUGUUGGUGAGGACACGGCCAACUCCUUGAAGGAGGAUUACCUCUAUGAGAAAGGUGGCCAUGUGAUCCUCAUGCCGGACUUCAGCCUUCCGCUGGAGUACUACCUGAUCCCCUUCCUCAUCAUCGUAGGAAUCUGCCUCAUCCUCAUCGUUGUCUUCAUGAUCACCAAGUUUGUUCAGGACCGACACAGGGCCAGGCGGAGUCGUCUCCGCAAAGACCAGCUGAAAAAGCUGCCCAUUCACAAGUACAAGAAAGGUGAUGCGUAUGACGUGUGUGCCAUCUGUCUGGACGAGUACGAGGAAGGCGAGAAGCUCCGGGUCCUGCCCUGCUCACACGCUUACCACUGCAAGUGUGUGGACCCCUGGCUGACCAAGACCAAAAAGACAUGUCCAGUGUGCAAGCAGAAGGUGGUGCCGUCGCAGGGGGAGUCGGACUCCGAGUCCGACUCGGGCGAGAGCAGCCGCGAGGAGAACGAGGACGCGUCGGAGAGCACACCUCUGCUGCGCUCGCUGGCCUCCACCAGUGCCCACUCCUUCGGCACCAUGACCGGCUCGCCCUCAGCGCACGGCCACGAGUCCUCCGACUAUGAGGACGACGACGACGACGACAUGGACACCAGUGACGAGAGCGAGCCCGAGGAGGUCACCGUGGAGACAGUGGUGGUGCAACUGCAGCAGUCGCGACCGGACAAGGACGAGGACGAGGAGGCCAUGGCGUGAGAAAUCACACCACUCCCACCUCCCUCAGCACAUUGCACCCCAUUUGUUCCCCUAGUCAGUCAUUCAGGGGUUCUACCAGCGGGCUCUACAUUAAGAAUGUGUGUGUGUGAGAGUGUGUAUCUGUGUGAUUCCUACCCCUCUUUAUUUUUGGUCUCUCCUUUCUCAGUAAAAUGCACAGAUCACAAAACUCACACAUUUUCAUCAUGGUUGCUAUGUAAAAAAAAAAAAAAACAUUCAAAGGGCAGUAGGAAAUCUAUCGCAUGGAUAAAGAGGGGAUGGUAAACUGUAUUUUGUGGAGUGGGUGACAAGUGGCCUGGGGUUCAUUUCUCACUGUGAAUAGGUUUGAGGAAUCCAAAAGUUCAAAGGAAAUAUACGCUUGUCAUACGCUAAGGAAUGAGUGAGUUUGUGGCUGCGUGUGUUGAAAGCGCUUUUUGUAUAUAUACUGUGUAAUGUGUAGCUCACCACACAAACUACAUCAUUUAAACAGAACAAACAUUGAUUUUACUUUCUAGCUUGUUAUAUAUUUUUCUUCAGCAGGUACUGUUGAGGAGUUAGAAUGAGGUGGAUUUUCGGGCUUCUUCAAUAUUGUACAUACACUUGCUGUAUAGAAUGCUCCUAAUCAAAAUGACUAUGCAGCUCCCUUUUGUAAAAUUUCAAUAUUUUUCCCUCCUGAAAAGAAAACGACAUUAGGGACUUUUUUGUCAAUACAUUUCUUAACACAGAUUGAGUAUUAAGGCUCUUCUAUGGGAAUGUAAUCUGCUUUUAAAGCAAGUGCUAAAGGUUUGUCUACAUGAGGGAAAAAAAUGAAGCCAAACUGGUCUUAGAGAUGUAUCCGACCGGAGAAAGAAAGCAAAGGGGGCGGGGCUUUGUUUUCUGUGUGUCUUCACAGGUAGCCUCUGGGAUUGUCAGACAUGGAAGGCUAGAAAAAAAAACAACUUGCUUGAACUAUACUUACAUUUCAGAGUACGCACCCAGUCUGGAUUUUAGUAAGUCACCUAACUCAAAGGGACAACUCUCUCUGAAUUAUUGAGGAAAGUGUCAUACAGAGAGAGAUUACAAUGUGUUUUGUUCACUUCAUAUCAUUUAAUACUGUAAGUAGUAAUUAUGUACUACUGGUGAAGUUAAAUUUCUUUUUUUUUCUUGCUAACAUGACUUGAACUGUUACAGUACAUGUUGAAUAAGUAUGGUUGCCUUCUGAGUUGUGUAAGCAUUAAAAUUGUCUGGUUAUGCUCACACUUUGUCUAUAUUCAAUUUCAUUUCACUUCAUGAAUAAAAAGUUUUUGUUCAAAGUGCA